UUGCUCGGCUUCGUCGCGCAUUCGGUCCGCCAGCCGGGUCGCGUGGAGCAACGGAGGCCGUCCUACGUUCCGCAAUGAUGCGAUGGCAGUCUGUCACGGACACCGUUGCUGGACUUAUGCAGCUGCAGCAGCGAUGGCAGCAGCAGCGCUUCAGUCACCGGGCAAGCCGUGACCAUCACGUGUGUUUGGCGGAUCGUCGGCACGACAGCGUGACGUAAGGAGGCAGUCGUCCUCCUCCUCCGCGCUCGGCGGCUUCCGCUCUCCUCGCCUAGCCUCGGUCGCAGUACGCCGAUGUGUUGGAUGCGUCUGCUAGCGUCGAGACGGCUGAGAUCGUGCAGACAGUGCGGCGGUGGCUCGGCCGCUCCUCCGUCAGGAACUAUGGGUGACCCGCUGAAAGUGUGUUGCGAACAUCGGCUAGACCAGUGUGCAUGCCCAGCGUCAUGUCGCGACAUAGCGAGGUGCUUUGAAUGGGGAAGCUCGCCCAGCGCCCGGCUACGAGAGUAAGUGUGUGGCGCAUGCGUGCGGCGCGCCACAACAUGGCGGCUGACAGGGUAAGGGCGUCGGGUUGUGCGGGGCUGGUUCGAGUCGGAUUUUACGAACUGGAAAAGACGAUCGGCAAAGGAAACUUCGCAGUGGUGCGUCUAGCCAACCAUGUCAUCACCAAAACGAAGGUAGCCAUAAAGAUUAUAGACAAGACACAUCUAGAUGAGGAGAACCUAAAGAAGAUAUUCAGAGAGGUCCAGAUCAUGAAGCUUUUACAUCACCCCCAUAUCAUUAGGCUAUAUCAGGUAAUGGAAACAGAGAAAAUGAUAUAUUUAGUCACAGAAUAUGCAGACAAAGGUGAAAUAUUUGACUACUUGGUGGCCACUGGUCCCAUGCCGGAGGAUAUUGCUCGGCGGAAGUUCAAGCAAAUAGUCAGUGCUGUCCAUUACUGCCACGAGAGGCAUGUUGUACAUAGAGACCUGAAAGCUGAGAACCUUCUUCUUGACAGCGAGAUGAACAUCAAGAUUGCAGACUUUGGCUUCAGCAAUCACUUUGAACCGGGUAAGAAGCUGUCAACAUGGUGUGGCAGUCCCCCCUAUGCAGCCCCCGAGCUUUUUGAAGGGAAACAAUAUGAUGGGCCCAAGGCUGACAUUUGGAGCAUGGGAGUGGUCCUGUAUGUUCUUGUGUGUGGUGCCCUUCCAUUUGAUGGCAAAACUCUGCAAAGUCUACGGACGAGUGUUCUCUCAGGAAAAUUUAGGGUACCUUACUUCAUGACAACAGAGUGUGAGCAGCUCAUUCGCCAGAUGUUGGUGGUGGACCCCGACAAGCGGUGGUCCAUUCGGCAGGUGGUGCACCAUCGGUGGAUGCGCAUGGGCACACCGUACCCCGAAUUCGACCGCCUCAUGGAAAUACCGGCAGCCACACCCACCACCCAUGAAAAGCUCGACCCUGUAGUUGUGCAGCACAUGCUUCAGCUGCCAAAUGUCACGCAGGAACAGAUCGAACAGUCUGUGCUGGAGAAGAGGUUCGACCACUACAGCGCCAUCUACCACCUGCUUUAUGACAAGCUGCAGAACCAGCAGAAGCACGCCCUAUUGCCCCAGAACCUUCCACUCACAUCACAACCACAAAGAAAGUCGAGCAUCACUACAGGCAUUGUUGAAAAGAACCCACAGCCUGUUGAAAGUGAUGCGGAGCCGCAGCAGCAACCACAGCCAAACCUGAUGCCAAGUCCUGUGCUGACCGUGAGCCCCAUGCCUGAACUGCAGCCCAUGCUGAGUGGUGACCAGUCGCUAGAGAAGUUUGGGGAGAUCGAAUUGGAGUCCGACAGUGAGGAGCUGUGGCCUGACCACCAGCAGCCGGCAGUGGUCCGGCGGCACACGGUGGGGCCUGGGGAUCCCCCCGAGGGAGAGUGCCCCCCUCCGCCACCUGUGGGGGCCAUGCCCGUCAGUGCCCUGCCCCACACCAACCUGCCGCAGAACCUGCCCCGCGUCCAGCACCACCCGCCACACAACUUCUCUGUGAAGGACCAGCACCUGCUCAAGCCACCACCUGCCAUGGGAGCAUUCGUGGGCUUUGGCCGGCGUGCCUCCGAUGGUGGUGCCAACAUACAGAUGUUCUUCCAACGUCAUUUGUGUCAAGGCCAGUAUGGCCACCCUCCAAGCAAGGAGCUGCUCUCACCUAAGCUGUCUGCUGUGAGUUCUGCUGUACCGCAGUCUCUUCAUCCGCUGUCUGCACUUGGUGACGAAGGCAAGGAUCUGGAAGAGCAGAUGGACAGCAAUGCCAUCUCAUGGAAUCUUCAAGCACGAGGCCAUGGCAGGAGGCAUACAGUUGCCAUGGGCAACGCAGAGGAAGUUCAGGAUGCCCAGUGGAAGCCUCGGCAACGAAGGUCUGGUCUGUUGACCGUCAUGGAAAAACAGCCAGUGCCCAGGAGAGCAAGUGACGGCUGCCCCUCAGUUAGCCCCCACCGGACACAGCUUGAGAGGAUCUACAAUCAAACCAUUGGUGACCACAAGUGCAUCAUCAAGGCCCUUCAACAGGAGUGUCAGCAGCUGCAGAGGCAUUGCUGUCCAAUGGAUGCCCAGCAGCAAGCUGAAAUACAGCGGCGACAUUCACUGCAUGUUCAGCAGAUGGCACACCUGCAGCCAUCCUUGAUGGCUUCGUCAGUUUCAUCGCCACCUUCUAUAGCUGGUUCACCGAUACACCAGAGUCCAUCACACGGAGCUGGGCCACCAAGCCCCGCAGCCACCCUGUCACAACACUUGCAGCGGCUUCACCUGCAGCGUCAGGGAAGCCCCGUUGGUUUCUGCCCUGAUCCAUAUUCUCCGGAUCCACUGGGUCCCGGUGGGUCGCCACCUUUAGACACCGGAGGCACGUCUCCUAGUGCGUCGCCGCCAUACCCUUGUGGCGGUACGUCCCCACAAAAUGCAGCCGGUGCUUCGCCACCCCCUUUCUCGGAUGCCGCCCACCCCCGACUACAGAGCCUCGUUGCCCAGCAGCUGGCGCGAAACAGCCCUCCACCAGUGUUUCCCAACCUUCCCAAUCUGGGCAUGAUCCGUGAAGACGCCACUGAGAAUGGUGGCAUCGGUGGCGGUCCGCUGCGAGUGCCUGGCCUGCGGCCUGAGAUCGUGGUCAGCCCUGCCGUGUUUGAGCCGUUCCCGGGCAUUGGCCGAUGCUUCCCGCCACACAUCAGCGUGACUGACGAGCUAGGCAAGGAGGUCCUGACGUCGUCCUCGUCGUCCACCACAUCUCCCUCGUCAUGCUCGUCCGCGACGGCCUACUCGGAGGCCUCGCUGCUGCCCCUCGACUUGGCCUACUCGCCUGUACGUUGGCAGGCGACACCUCUCGACGAGCUGCCCGCAACGGCCUGGGCACUCCCGCCGUCACCGCUGCAUGCAUGCUGCGGCGAAGCCCUCCUUCAGAAAAGUCCCAGCGGUUCGCUUUGCCUCCUGCUUGGUCGGGGCAUCUCGCCCUGUCGAGGCACAGGUGGUGACCUUCUGCUGGACAUCCAGCGGCGCUUGGAUGCACAUGCGCCCGAGCUGCCACUCGUUCUACAACCGUCAGAGCGCGGGCUGGCACUCAAGCACCCAGCAGCCGGUGUUCAGAUCGAGCUGGAACUCUGCGAUGGACCGCACCCCGAUGAGUGUGGCCUUAAGAUGCGCCGAAUUUCGGGCGACAGUCUUCAGUACAGUGAGCUGUGCCAGCGGCUCGUGGCGUGCAUGAACUUGUGAUCUCGGGACAGCCUGCCGCCAGUUUAGCGGCGCUGCCAGUGCCUCUGUGCGUGUCUGUGCUUGUCUGUGCCUGCCCUCCGUUACAGCGGUUGCACCAGCACCAAACUUUUCGAGACUGGGUGCUGGGCACUUGGCUUGAUUAGAUGGGUCUGCCGUUUGUCGCGUCCUCUCUGGCCAACCUUUUUCUUCCAUGGCCACCCUUUGGGAUCACCAUUUGAGUCUGAAAGGCUUCUUUUUGAUGGUAGUGAACCAGCCUGUUGAUAUGGCCCCUCACCUGAAGAUUGCUAUGUGGUUUCAGAAGAAUGCCGAAUAAGCUUUCCUGUGUUUUCAUUUUUGUAUGUGUGUGCUCAGGGGUACGUGUGUGUGUCUGUAAAUGUGAAUGCAAAAGGAGCCCUCUUGGUGUGGAUUAGCUUGAUUUUUGUUGUUUUAGUGUCAGUUAAUAUGACUGACAAUGAGGACAAAGAUGUAUCUUCUAUUGGACAUACAUUCUUAUUUGCUUUGCUGAAUUAAGUAAGCGAAUGGGAAUUAUCACGUUAACAUUAGGAUAGUGUGGAAAUAACCAUGUGGCAUUGAACAUAUGUUUCUUCAUUGCGUUCGUGAAUUCUUUUUGUGAUUUUGUACAGUUUUUCUUCCUUUUGUGAUACAGUCCAAGGCAGUGUGGGAAAGCCCAUUAGAGCAGUAAACUAAGUGAAAAAAAAUGUAAGUUUGAUCCGAGCCAUACUAGCAAAGGGCAUAUGCAAUACAACCCUCACUGUAGCAAGUAGUGUGGAUGAAUGGGUAAGUGAAAGCUACAUUAUGACUGUUUAUAAACUCUUCUGAAUUGAGAAUGGUUAAAUCGACAGUGACAGAGCAACAGACUUCAUGGCAUAUGCCAAAACUGAUGAACGCCUAUGUUCAAAUUUUAUGUUCGCAUUUUUUUUAGCAACCUUUAGCUACCAGAAUUUACGAGCAAAUCUAGUUCUGUUUAAAGAGUCCUUGAUAAUGCUUUAAAAUCUGCUGGGCUGGUUCUGCUUUGUCAUUGCUCUUUUGCAAACUUGUUUUAUUUGUGCCUUGUUACCGAGUGUUGAGGCCAAACCUCUGUGCAAUGUUGCCACAUGGUAUAGGAAUCGUAAUGUCCGCAUGAAACCUGCAUUAGGCCAACAAAGAAAGAGAAUUAAUUUGGGCUAUUAAUUUUGGACGAGAAGUAUGAAGAAUUUUUAAAUAUGUUUCGCCAUGAACACAGCCGUGUUCUUAAAUUUUAUAAAGCAAUCCCUUGAAAGUGAAAGUCAAUUAAUAAUGACCUAAGUCAUGUAGAUUUGUUGUGGACUGCAUAGAUGACAAUAUCAUCAUUGUUCUUGUAAAAUGUGUUUACUUUUUUUUCAUUCAGAGAAGAAUGUUGUUUGAGUAAUCUAAGGAUCUUUCAAUGGCCAGGAAGAUAUAUGUUGGUCACUUGUGUGGGAAUCAGCAUCAACAGUUACUUACUGUCUAAACUCAGUUUUAUGAGUGCUAUUCAUAUAUGUUAUUGUUACUUAAUGGGAAGAUUAUACAUCUUAAUAUUCUACAUAAGAAGAGUUUUUAAGUUGGUACAGCAUACCGAGAAAAAAAAAUUGUGCCUGAAUGUAACAAACUCAAGAACAAUGAUAGGAUAAGUGUAAGCUCUUUAAAAUUUUGUUUGUAGAAUGAUGCAUUCAACAUUUAGCAGAAGGUUCUCAUGUCUGAGAAGCAAGAUCAAAGGCAAGCAAAAUGAUGACCAAGUCUAAAAAGGGUGGACAGUAAAUGAUAACUCACUGGAUUACUCUACUUGUGGCUUGCUGAUACACUGGGUCCCGUCUUUCUGUGCAGCACCUGCCUCAUUUAGAAUUUGCGUAGCACCGUCAGAAUCGGCUUUCAAAGCUCUUUUAUUGUUUGCUAGAACUUGGGCUUCAAAAAGUGCACACUAUCUCUUCCACCCAUAAACAAGCGUCCGCAGUGUCAUGUCCGUGGGAUUUUGACAAAUGUUGCAGUCCACGAGUUGUUUUAUAGAUAGGCGAGAUGUUGCACGAAAGAAUAUGGUAAACAUUUGAUGUCUCUGAGCAUCCAGAUGCAACAUUAGACUUGUCAGUUGAAAAACCUGUGUCGGAUAUAUUGGUUCAAGUUCCCACAAAAUUUGCAAUGUAUUCCCGCCUUUCAAAUGUGUAUAGUUUGCAACCGAAGUGACUAGAUUUCGUUUGCCAUUUUCUGGCAUUUACAGCGUUGAAUGAUUGCGCCACAUUAUCUAGUAUCUGCCCACCUUCAGACUAGCGUUUAGCUAUACAUUUGAUGCAAGCCGUGACUUGCGAAAUCCUGUAGUUUUUGACCGUCUGUCUGCCUACAUAAGGUGACAUAUGUCAUUUCGAAGUGGUUAUUUGGUAGUAACAUUGGUAUAUAGAGAGAACUAUAAAAAAAAAUCCAAAAUUUUCUGGCAACUUCAUCUAGCAGUAGUCAUCCUUUUUAGGUGUGUUCUGGAAGUUUGUAAGGUUGGCAGUACAUUUGUUGCCACUGGGGCAUUCAGGGGCAAACUACAACUCACAGGGCAUAGAAAAUGGUACCACAGCAAAACCAUGUGAUAAAGAUUUUGUCUUAUCUCUUGCCAGCCAUCAGAAAAGCUAUUAAGUGAAGAUACCAAUGGCGCCUAGAAGUUAUCAAAUGAAAAUUACUUUUUUGAAAGACAAGGAUCUCCGUCACUGAAUCACUAGUAAUCCUUGCUCCAAAGUGAAUAUUGUUUUACUCUUUAUCCGGGAACUCUUCACGAGUAGGCAAAACAGUCGUCCUCCUAGAGUGGUACAUCAAAAAGGAGCUCUGAAUCUGUAUCUCAAAUUCCCAGAACUUCAUUGCAAAGCCAGUUUGCAUAAUUGUUUUCAUUACAGUUACAACUCUUUUCCAGUGGCCAUUUAAAAUUUCCAGUAAGGUUCACUAUAGCUGGUGCCAGUGUGUUCACCAUUAUUUUACCUGUGUUGACCAAAUAUACUGAAGCACUGCUAGGUCUGGCUCAUUUAUUUUUGCUGUGUUGAACAUGAAUGCUAUUGCAUAUUUGUUGCAUGCAUUUUUUUUUUCCAAAGAUAACUGAGAGCAUGCAUUUGUCCUGCUGCCUUUCAUGUGCUUGUCAUUGUAGCUAUGCUAAUUUCAUAUGAUGUUUGCACCAACUAGACGAACAACUGUCUUGUCUCGCAGGUUUGUCACGAUGCACUUGAGUUUUGCAGUAUUUGUGCAAGUGUUUAUGUUAGGUAGCACCUACUCAGCUGUGAAGGUACCAUAAGUGUUUAGGUACAUUUAAUUUCUAUAUGUUGUUUAGUUGUGCGCAAGAUGACCACGACGAAUAACACAUUUAAAAAGUCUGCAUACACUGUGAUCUGCUUUGUAGCACUUGGUAUUUUGUGGUAUUCUGUCCCUUCAAGUGUGCUGCACUAAAACUACUUGAUUGAGACUGGAAGCCAACAUUUGGAAGCCAACUCAACUAACAUGUGCAGCCUUCUAGAAGCAGCAUGAAAUCAUUGAAUCAGAAUAGCAUCUGUGAAGUAAACAACAUUGAAUGACACCUGAUGGUACAUUAAUAUAUGGAUUUAAAAGAAAAAUAUUUACAUUUUAUCCUCUGCAUUGAUAUAGGUUCUCAAUCUGCUGAUAUCAGCUUUGAAAAAAUUCAGAUUAGUUUUGUUAGAUUCAGAAUGAUUAUUGUAUUCAGGUUCUGCUAUAUAAAGCUUCUAUUGUAUUAAUUUCCACUCAAGAGACACCGUGAAGCUACAUCGUAGUCAUUGUAUGUUGCUGUGUGCAUAAGCUGUCAGUUUGUUGCUCUGUUAGUUUCAGGCAUACAUGUUGCCGAUGCAAACCAUUCCCAGCCUCUCUGCUGCUCUUGUUGUGUAAAUAGAGAGAAGAUGAGAGAAAAAAAAACAGGCAAAUGAUGCGUAGUCGAAAGGUUUGUAUAAAGAAUUGGAAAGACCUUAUUGCUAGCUCUUACUGGAAGUUUGUGUACAGUUGCUACUACCUAAUGUCAUUUUGUAGACGUACCAUGCCUUUUGACCAAUCUUUCUUGUAAAACCGCUGGCCAAAGAACUCCCGUGUUGUUGGCCACUAUGUAUCUACUGACAAGAAACCGAGAGCUUUUUCUGUUUCUUUGUUUCUAUCACUGUCAGUUGUCGUCCAGCUGAAAACUGUUAAUAUUGAAAAUUCCCUCUGUUUGUAGCUAACUUGCAUGUCUAACAGACUUGCAGCCAAUGCAGACUUGAGUUUAUGGGGGACUUAAGCUCAAUACAUGGUGACAGGCAAUUUUCGAGGGCUGCUCACACAGCAGCUCUGCAAUGUUCUAACCAUGCAAUUUCUGUGCAGCAUUAAUAAUAGUUGAGGUAGUUACUAUCACUCUGGCUCUUUGCACCUAAAACAUUUAAGUGUGCCGCCAGAUGCAUUGUUAGGAGUUUCGUUCACAUUCAAAUACAAAAAAAAAUCAGCUUGGAUAAACCCUCUAUGUUGGUCCAAUGCUGGUGUGGAUUGGGACUUCAAAGUCAUUGCAAUAAUGGGUGCAAUUAAAAGGAUCCAAUAAAAUAUUUAUUGAUAAA